AGCUCUGUGAAGAAGGCUACGUUCUUCUAAAAUUUCAUUAUUUUAUUGAAAUUUAAUAUUUAUUUCUGUGUUUGAUUUAAUCCCAUCUUCUGGUCGAUCCCACCUACGUUUGUUUAAUUCGCAGAACUUCACAAUCACUGCCCCAUAAACCCCCCCCCUCUCUCUCUCUCUGUGUGUCGCCCGAAGAAUGCCAAAGAGCAAUGAAGAUUCGAGUUCGAGUGUCAGCCUGAACAAGGUAGAGAGGCCACCAUUGAAGAAACCUAAGACACUUUCAAUACCCUCUUCGACUUCGACCACUAACCGAAGGUUCGAUCUCGGAGUUUCUACUGAAAAUGGAAGCCCUGCAAGCGGUAAUGGUGAUUUUCCAAAUGAGCAGUGGAAGUAUCCUUCUUUCCUCGGGACCACGAGAAGGAAAAAAACCACAGUCAAAGCCAUGCCCAACAAGUUUCAGAACCUCGAAUUUUCGAAUUCGAUGGGUUCCAAGAUGGGUGGGAACCAGAAAAAGGCGGGAAAUAGCUCAGUUGUUCAAGCUCCUCCGACCAAUUCUUCUUCUUCUACAUCCUCAACUUCUUUUUCUUCAUCUACUUCUACAUCAGUUGUUACUUCGCAGGCGCACUCCAGCACCAGGAGGCCUCGCCAGAAUAACCAUACUUCGAUCUUGUAUUUGUUCAUUUUCACUUGUAUAAUUUUUGUACCUUAUUCGGCUCAUCUACAAUAUAGGCUUGCAAAACUGGAGGGUGAGAAAAUUAACCUGUGCUGUGAAAAUGAUAUUUGUCACAAGAAUGGAAGGGGCUCUUUAGGAGAAGAUGAUGCUUCGUUUUCCAAUAUCCAGAACACUCACAGUAGAAAAGUUGCUUUGUACAUUGUGGUGGCCACACUCAUCUUGCCAUUUUUGUUGUACAAAUAUCUUGACUACCUUCCUCGAAUAAUCUAUUUGUUCAGGAGAACUAAUAACAAGGAGGAUGUACCAUUAAAGAAGAAAAUUGCUUAUAUGGUAGAUGUAUUUUUCUCCGUAUAUCCUUAUGCAAAGCUACUUGCACUUCUCUUUGCAACUCUAUUUCUUAUAGGAUUUGGUGGUUUAGCAUUGUAUGCGGUGACUGGUGGUAGCCUUGCUGAAGCUCUUUGGCAUUCUUGGACUUACGUAGCUGACUCAGGAAAUCAUGCCGAAACAGAAGGAACCGGGCAGAGGAUUGUCUCUGUCUCUAUUAGUUCAGGAGGCAUGCUGAUAUUUGCUAUGAUGUUAGGUCUGGUUUCAGAUGCUAUAUCAGAGAAGGUGGAUUCACUCAGAAAAGGGAAGAGCGAAGUUAUAGAAAUGAACCACGUACUCAUUCUUGGGUGGAGUGACAAAUUGGGUUCUCUUUUGAAGCAGCUGGCAAUUGCAAAUAAGAGUGUGGGUGGUGGCGUUAUAGUGGUGCUUGCAGAAAAGGAAAAGGAGGAAAUGGAACUUGACAUAGCAAAGCUGGAAUUUGACUUUAUGGGAACAUCAGUUAUAUGUAGAAGUGGCAGUCCUCUUAUACUAGCUGACUUAAAGAAGGUUUCAGUUUCAAAGGCACGUGCUAUCAUUGUGUUGGCUUCCGAUGAAAAUGCUGAUCAGAGUGAUGCUCGUGCUUUGAGAGUUGUUCUUAGCCUCACAGGAGUAAAGGAGGGUUUAAAGGGCCCUGUUGUGGUGGAGAUGAGUGACCUUGAUAAUGAACCCCUUGUCAAACUUGUGGGCGGAGAACUUAUUGAGACAGUAGUUGCACAUGAUGUAAUUGGACGUCUGAUGAUUCAGUGUGCUUUGCAGCCUGGCCUUGCACAGAUAUGGGAAGAUAUACUGGGGUUCGAGAAUGCUGAGUUUUACAUCAAAAGGUGGCCUGAACUGGAUGGUCUAUGUUUUAAAGAUGUACUGAUUUCAUUUGCUGAUGCAAUACCCUGUGGAAUUAAGGUGGCUGCAGAAGGGGGGAAAAUUAUUAUAAAUCCGGAUGAUAGUUAUGUCAUGAGAGAAGGGGAUGAAGUUCUUGUUAUAGCUGAGGAUGAUGACACUUAUUCUCCAGGACCUCUUCCAGAGGUACGCAAAGGUCAUUUUCUAAAGAUACCUGAUCCACCAAAAUAUCCAGAGAAGAUAUUAUUUUGUGGCUGGCGGCGUGAUAUUGAUGAUAUGAUUAUGGUUCUUGAGGCGUUAUUGGCUCCCGGGUCAGAACUGUGGAUGUUUAAUGAGGUUCCUGAAAAGGAAAGAGAGAAGAAGCUUAUUGAUGGUGGACUUGAUGUUUCUCGCCUACUGAAUAUAAAACUUGUUCAUCGGGAGGGAAAUGCUGUGAUUAGACGGCACUUGGAGUCUCUUCCUUUGGAGACUUUUGAUUCAAUCCUUAUUCUUGCAGAUGAAUCAGUAGAGGACUCCGUUGCUCAUUCUGAUUCCAGAUCGCUAGCCACCCUUCUCCUCAUUCGUGACAUACAGUCAAGACGUCUACCUUACAAAGAUUCUAAAUCAAGUACUUCUUUGAGGUUGUCUGGGUUUUCUCACAGCUCUUGGAUCCGCGAAAUGCAGCAAGCUUCAGAUAAAUCAAUUAUAAUUAGUGAAAUUUUGGAUUCUAGGACUAGAAACUUGGUGUCUGUUUCCAGAAUCAGCGAUUAUGUGUUAUCAAAUGAGCUGGUUAGCAUGGCGCUAGCUAUGGUGGCUGAAGACAGGCAAAUCAAUCGUGUUCUUGAAGAAUUAUUUGCCGAGGAGGGCAAUGAGAUGUGUAUUAAGCCGGCGGAGUUCUAUUUGUUUGACCAAGAAGAACUCUGUUUUUAUGAUAUAAUGUACAGAGGUCGUGAAAGGGGAGAGAUAGUUAUUGGCUACCGCCUCGCUAACCAAGACUUCGCCGUCAUCAACCCUCCAGAAAAGUCAGAACCUAAAAAAUGGUCCCUUGAUGAUGUUUUUGUAGUCAUUGCCUCAGGCGAUUGAUGG